GCACACCAAGAAAAACGGAUAGAGACAAUGGUUUUUCUACGGGGUCAUACGUUGACGGACAACAGAGAGUUAACAUUUUGAUGGAUUAAACAUAUUCAUAGUGCAUUCCUUGUGUGGCUGGGGCCUGAUGGGAUGCUUUGCACAACCUUGACACACACAUAACAUGCACAUAGAGGAAGUUUCAACAUCUAUGUAAAAAGGUCAGAAUUCACAGAGCAUUCAGAAUACUCCUACAAAAUACUUAGAAUACACUCUCGAUGUGGAAGUACAACCAGCAAGGCUCCAGAUGACUUCCUGUGUGAUGUACACACAAAAAAAGAGUUGGCUCAUCCACAACUACUGUCUGACAUCUCUCUGGGAGCACUAUGAAGAAACACUGGUUUCCCCUUUCCCCUGCCUUUCAGAGUCUGCUGUUCAUCCUGGUGUUGCUGUGUCUCUCCCUCUCUUGCUCUGGGAGGACCUGGGCUCAGAGGAAACUACCCUGCAAUGUCAUCUCUCUCAACCAAUCAGAGUCCUUUGACUGCUCGGACAGGAAGCUACUCCAGGUACCCCAGGAUAUCAGCCGGAAUGCCACAUGGCUCGACCUUUCCUCCAACCGGAUCAAGAAACUCUCCGGCACCUCGUUCAGGAACCUCCGAAACCUGACUCGACUAGACCUUAGCAAUAACGUCAACCCCCAGAAACAUCCUCUGAUAAUAGAGAACCAAACAUUCUCCAUGCUGGAUCAGCUCAAGGAACUGCUCCUCGAUGGUAAUGGUCUUUCUGCAGUGUCAAGUGCCCUUCCGUCCAGGCUGCGGUUUCUGAGCCUGAAGUUCAAUCACAUCAAAACCAUCAGGCCAAACGACUUCAUGCAUGUCAGACUCUUAGAAACAAUCCAUUUAACUGGAAAUUGCGACUACGGGAGUGUCUGUAAUGGACCCCUAGUCAUCGAAAACAGAACUUUCUCCCACCUCACCUACCUUGCUAGUUUAUCGCUGUCAAACAACAGAUUGAUAGGUGUCCCCCAGUUCCUCCCCCCAUCCCUCCAGCAGCUCAAACUCAAACAGAACACUAUCACCCACAUUCACCAGCAUGACCUUAGUGGUCUCACUAGCCUGAGGCUUCUGGGCCUGUCAGGUAACUGCCCUGUGUGUUCUAACACCCCGAUUUCCUGCUCGCCCUGUAAUACAUCCAAUAGGGCAUUACAGAUCCACCCAUAUGCCUUCUGGAAGCUAUCCAAGCUGCAGGAGCUGAGACUAUCCGGAAACUCUCUAGAUCACCUACAGUCCUCCUGGUUUGAGAACCUCACCAACUUACGCUACCUGUACCUUUCAUUCAACCGUCUAGUUGGUGAGAUAGCCAAUGGGGACUUCCUCUCUGUGUUACCUGGCGUAGAGGUGAUGGACUUGUCUUACAAUCACCCUGGACAAUCUUCAUAUUCCCACAACUUGAAGCUCUCUAUGAACUUUUCCAACCUGACAUCUCUGAAGACAUUACACCUAGAAAACUAUGUUUUUUCAACUCUUCACAAAAAUGACUUGAACCCACUUUACAAUUUAUCUCACCUGUCUGUGCUCAAUUUGGGAACUAACUUUAUCUAUCAGACAAACCUCUCAUUAUUUGGUAUGUUCCAUAACUUGUCCAGUGUUGGCCUCUCUGAGAACAAAUUUUCUUUCCAGUCUAAGAGAGAAGAUGUUUUGUCAAUAUGUGGGUGUAGCUGUGGCUAUGAGCUGAAUAGAGACAGGUUUGGGCCUUACGUACACAAGGAUCGACUCUAUCGUCGCCAUCUGCCUAACAUUAAGCCAAAGUGUAUUGCGUACGGUCCAGUGCUUGACCUUAGCAGAAACAACAUCUUCCACAUAAACCCUGAUAUGCUGCAAGGCCUGGAUAACACAGCUUGUCUCAACCUGUCAUCUAACUCUAUUGGAGACAUGUUCAACGGUAGUGAGUUUGUACAUUUCCCCAAACUUAAGUACUUGGAUCUAUCCCAGAAUAAGAUCUACCUGCGAUAUGAGCAUGCAUUCAGUGAGCUAACAGAACUGGAGGUGUUGGACCUGAGUCAUAAUAAUCAUUACUUUGUGGUGGCAGGGCUAAACCACAGUUUAGCAUUCAUGGAAAACCUGGGUUCUCUGAAGGUUUUGAACCUGAGCUGGAACGAGAUCAGCACCCUCACUCAUAACAACAUCUCAAGCAGCUCCCUGCAGGAGUUGAACUUCCAGGGCAACCGCCUAGACAUCAUGUGGAAAAUAUGCCAGAACUAUGAACUUUUCAGAGCGCUCCAAAACCUGACUUCCCUGGAUCUGUCAUACAACAAGCUUCACCGUGUACCGCCUGAGGUCUACAAACACUUCCCCAAGACCCUGAGACGCCUGUCUCUGAGUAAAAACCGACUGAAGGUCUUUGGCUGGGAGACGCUCACACAACUACCGCAUCUUGAGGAGCUGGACUUGAGUAAGAACAAACUGGAGCAGGUGGCCUGUGCUUUAACCAGUUCACUAAAGUUUCUGGACCUGAGCCAAAACAGGAUUUCCCAGCUAGCGCCUGGUUUCCUUGGGGGCUCCAGGAGCCUGUAUGUGCUGGACCUCAGCUUCAACCUGUUGGAGCUCAUCAACCAGACCACGUUUGAGACUGGAGCAGAGAACCACCUCCAGCAGCUGUCCCUACAGGGCAACCCGCUCCACUGCACCUGUGACCUGUUGGACUUCCAUCUGUGGAUGAGGCGCAACGAGGUGGAGCUCCCUCUGCUGGCCACUGAGGUGACAUGCGACAUGCCCGUGGAGAGGAGGGGCAAGUCUGUGUUGAGCUAUGACAUAGAAGAGUGUGUGAACGAUGAAAACGCAAUGGCCUUCUGCAUCAUCACAUCAUUUCUCAUCAUUCUCAUUAUUUUGGUAUCUCUCACAGCACAUCUGUUCUACUGGGAUCUGUCCUAUAUUCUGGACUACUGUGGGGCCAAGAUGAAGCAUCACCGUCGCUUAGUGCCCACAGACUUUAUCUACGAUGCCUUUGUCAUGUAUGACACGGCAGACCCGCUGGCUUCUGAUUGGGUAUUAAACCAUCUAAGGGUGGAGCUAGAGGAGCGUGGAGAGAUGGCCCGACCCCUCUGCCUGGAGGAGCAUGAUUGGACACUGGGUAUGCCUGUCAUGGACAACCUGUCCAAUAGCGUGCGGCAGAGCAGGAAGACAGUGUUCGUGCUGACGGACGGCUUCCUGUUGCGUGGUGUAGUCAAAAUGGCUGCCCUGCUGGUGCAGCAGCGGCUGGUGGAGGAGGGGGUGGACGCCAUGGUGCUGCUGCUACUGCAGCCCCAAGUCUUGCAACGCUCACGCAUCCUCCACCUGCGCAGGCGGCUCUGCAGGCGCAGUGUUCUGGAGUGGCCCGCGGAUGCCAGUCCAGCUGCCCAGCGAUGGUUCUGGCACCACCUGAAGAGAACCAUUCGGAAAGAUCAGACAGGCACUCACACAUCCCUACACAGCACAUACUUCACUGGGCGGUGAACCCACAGACAUUAGAGAAACUUAUGACUUAGAAAGUAAAAGUUAAGGAUAUGGGUGACCUAAGACUACUGUAUAAUUUGGAAUAUUAAAUGUGGAGAAAGUAUGAAGACUGUGAUGAAGGCAACAUUGGUGAUUUGCUGGCCUCAAAGCACAGUGUGUGGUUCACCAGCACCCUCCCCAUGAGCGAGACUUCCCUGUGGCGCACCAAAGUUCCUAGUGCCCUUGAGGCGUGAAAUGUAAUAAAACUGGAGUUGACGUUCUCAAUGUAUUUUUAUGUCUGAUUUCUUUCUAAAGUUCAUAUAAAGAGCUGAACAUGUUGAUAUGACUCUCUGUAGGCCUAUUGCAUGUUUUGUGGUUUUUCCUUUUCAGAGACGUUGUCCUAAUCUGGUCGCUGGUCUGAUGGCUGUAUCAGAAGAGGAGCAGCCUGGUUGUUCCCAUAAUAUUGCAAGGCGAUUUGGUUAGAAGAGAGUUGCGAUGUUUUCCUUCUUUUGUUUCAGCCACCAGAGUGAUGCUAAUUAAACGCUGAGGAUAUUGUAAUUUGAGUUCCGUCCGGGAUGGUUUAAAGGAGGAUGUUUUGCCAUGUUCAAAUGUAAUUAUUGUAUUUUCCAAGCUCCUAGCUAUACCUGCGUAUGGCUAUACAUGCAGUAUUGUUGUUAUCUUAGACUUUUUGAACUUUUACCUAGACGACUUAUACGGUUUCUUCUUUUAGAUAAUUGCAUCUUAUUGGAUUUAUUGUAAUACAUGUUGAUUCAUUUUAAAUUGAUACAUGACUGCA